AUGAAUUCUUCUGUUUUCUUAAGAUUCCAUGUUUGUGUCUUAACAUUUUGAAAGGGCAGUAUUUGUUCUGUCUGGAGAAACCCAAGGAAUUUUUAUAAUUCGAGGGGAAGUGGUUUAGUAAUUGUUAAAAAAUAUAUGAAAAUUUAAGAACGGGAAUCUAAAAUUGAAGGGCCAAGAGCCGAGAAAAAAUAUUUUGAACAAUAAAAAAUGCUAAUGAAUGUGUUGUUAUUUUUAAAAGAAAAUCCCUAGUAUUGAUCCUUCUACUUGAUUUUUUUUUGAAAAAUUUAGUUUUUUUUUUUUAAAUGCAGUCGCAAGACACAAAGAAUCAUUAAAAACAUUGUCGCUAUUCCUAUCUUGAAACUUUUACAAACUUUGAGAGCAAUUCGAAAAUGAAUGAGAUCAUGUGUCUAGAAUAAACAUUCUCUUUAUGAACUCAUAAUUUUUCUGAUUCUCAUUAGUUUUAAAAUAUUCCUUGAUCACAUUUCAUAUUUUUUCAUUAUUUCUAACGUGUUUUCAGACCGAAAUUCCUUUUUCCUAGAGCCAAAAAACGCCCACUCUGAAUGAGGAAAAUAUAAAAUUUCAAUGAGAAACCCAAUAGUAGUAGUACAUAUAUAAAUAAAAGAAAAGUACACGAUUUUGAAUUCAAAACAUGAUAGGGAAAAGCCUGAACUCAUUAAUUUGAAGACACCGCUUUUUUCCUCUUGGCGAAGAAAAACUUUUUGCUUCUAUCCGCAAAAAAAGACAAAAAUGAAUAUAUAAAGAGAGAAGACAAGACAAAGAAAAAGCUAUAAAAUGUAUGUACAUAAAACACAAUUAUAUCCAUCUUUGGUGUGAAACAGAAAAACGGGCCACACAUACUUUUUUUUUUGUUAGAAGAAAGCCAUCUAAAAGUGUUCCGACCUCGCGGAUCUCACUCACUUAUUAGAUUAUUCCGAAAGCACACACAAAAAAAUGGGGACAAAAAAGUGCGAGACGAAAAAAAAUCUCUAUUUUUUCAGCUUACAAAUGGCGAAUGGACUGGAAAUGCAAACUUGACAGACUGUGGAGAAAAGGUAAAAAACAAAACGACAGAAAAUGUAAUUAUGGGGGAGAAGAAAUCGUAGUGAUCUGUGAAAAUAUGUAUAUUUUUAGUAAUUAUACAAUUUUGAAAUUUCUCAGAAAAUAAUAACAAACAAAAUUUGUUGUUUUUUCAGAUUCUCAUUGAAGCGCGAGAAAGUGGUUCUGGAUUGAAACAAGAUUAUACAAUUGAUUGGGAUUUGAGAAAACCAAAAUUUGAAAUCAUAGCUCUUCGACCAUAUUUCAAUUCGGAAACUGAACAAGUUCAAAUCUUGGUAAGCAAAAAGGCCGAAUGAAAAAUAUUCAUUUCCGUUCGAAAUUAAUCAGACAAGAUUGAGUUUUUAAAGUACAAAAAUAAUGUAGUGUGAAUAAUUAUUGUCUGGAAUUUUCUUCGACUCAAAACGGAAGGUCGAAAUAAAACUAGACAUAAAAAACAUUCAUUUAAAGUAUGGCGGUCUUGAAAAAAGUUUAUACUUUAUGACCAAACGUCAUUUAUGAAACAUUGAAAAAAUGAAUAAUCAAUUUAUUUCGCAGGUGUUUUUAAUUUAAAAACUUAUCAAAAUUUCGAAAAGUACACUUGAGCGACUUUCAGAAAAGGGUUGAUUAAUAUCAAUUCAUUGGAACUCACAAUCAAAAUAAAUAAUGUAGAGAAAAAAAAAGGAAAACAUCCUCUUUCAAUUUCCGGAAUUUCAAAAAAUAAUGAUUAUUCACAUUAUUGCACAUGUCAAUUUCAAACUAAAAAGAAAGAAAGAACAAACCACAAAGUUUCUAAUUUUUUCUAGAAAAGUUUAUGGGAAAAUGAGAAUUUCAAGAGUUUGAUUUGAAGUUUAAUCUUUUCAGCUUUUUGAGUUUGAAAAGUGUCCCGGAAAUUUUUUAGAAAAUGACUGCAAAAUACCCAAUAGGGGAUUGAGAAAAUCUUCAUUCUUCCAAAUGUGGCAAUAAAUCAAGUCCAGUUCAAUUUGCUGGUGCUUAAAAGAAAAAAUAUUGAAAUUGUUUUUUUUAGAGAAAAGCGCUAAAAUUUAGUUGUUCUGGUAAGUGAAGACCACUUCAAUCUUUUCUAGAAUUAAAAUAAAUCAGUCUUACAAUUGGUCCCGGUAAUGUUUAUCCUGAUUCAAUUGUUAUUCAAAAAAAUCUGGAAAAAUGGCUAAGAAUAACCACUAAUUUCGGAAAAAUCCUCAUCCAUCUAAUAAGCACAAUAAUUCAAGAUGUGCGUAAUUUGCUCUUCAACAAAAAAUUGAAAUUGGAAAUGUAUAUUUUAUUUCAGAUUGAAAGCGCUGGAAUUUCAACUGGCAUUGUCAAUAUUGAAUUAGUUGCUCUUAAAGGAGACUUAGGAAAAGUUGAUACAACAACACUUACUGCCCCGGCGGCAAAUAUUGAUACAAUCGUUAAUAUUCCUUUGCCAGAAUCAUGGAAAACUAAUGUUAAAGUUAUUUCAGUAAAGGUAACUCAAAUACUUCACAACAAAAAACAAAAAAUAAAUAUCUCAAAUUUCCAGGCUACUCGACAAAUCGAUGAAAAUGAUAAGAGUCGAGUUUUAACUUUAUAUCUACCAAACCUAGACAAAUCAGUACUCUCAAAAACAUUAUUAACUAUAAAUAACCCAAAGGUUAAUUAUGUAUAUAAUGACGUCAUUGAUGUUAAAAUCACAAGAGUGAAUAAUUUGCUAUACAAAUUUUUGGUAAGUGUUUUUUUUUAUUUCAAAAUCAAUAGAAUAUUAAUCCUGCAGGAUAAAGAAACUAAUGUGUAUGUAUGUAUGGAAAAAAUAUAUAGAAAAAAGACAGCAAAAAAAGUGACCCAUGAUUUGGGAAUUUCCGGUCGGUAGUUAUGACGUUCAAAAAAUAAAGUUCUUAUUUUUUUCGUUAAAAAAAUGAAAAACUAAAUUUUUAAUUGAAACCUACUGUUUCAAAUUUCAAAAAUUAUGUUUAUAAAUUGUGAAAUUUUAAGAAAACAACAUUUUCAAAAACCAGAAAAUGUGAAAAAAUAUAGACAUAUUUUUCGCAGAUAAAAACACACAUAAAAUAUAUAAAUCAAAGAAAACAUAUGAUUAGCCAAAAUAGUCUUUUAAGACAGCCCAAAGCUCAGAAAAAGAAGGAGCAGGAGAAAAAAAAAACAUAUAUAGAAGGAAUAAAUAAAUAAAUAGUUUUUGUUUUCAGAUUGUUUGCUCAUCAAAUAUUCCACAAUGGAUUGAAGACGAUGGAAAUUCGACAAUUUUGAAAAUAAAAAUCUCGCAAAAAAUGGAUGGAACGUGCUACUUAGCCGCACUUAUGACCGAAAAAACAACAACAAACAGCAGAAAUGUGUUUUCUGAUGUCAUUUUGUUCCGUGUUCGAAAUUUUUGUGAGGUUUCGUUUUCCUCUGAUUUUUUUCGGAAAAAUUAUGACACAUAUUUUUGACUGUGAUAGAAUUUGAUAGAUUUUUUCGGGGAUUUUUAUAAUUUCCAGAAUUUAUGAAAAUUAUCUGAGAAGAUUUCAAAAAGAAAUCGUGAAGACUGGGAUGAAAGUUAAAAAAAACAAAUAUCUUGUUAAAAAAAUCUUGUAUUUUUAGAGCUGUAAUGUGCAAAUCAACAAAAUUGACUCUCAUGGAAUGCGAAAACCAUUAGCAUCACCUCACGAUUCUGUUGAACCUCGCGACACUGUAGAACUCGCAUUUACUGGUUCUCCGUUUUCACUUGUAAUCUACAGAGUGAUCGAUGAUCGUUUAAAUCAUAUCGAAAAUAUUGUAGGUUUCUAUUAUUAUUAUUAUUAUUAAAAAUGAAAACAAUCAAAACAUAUUUUUCUAGAACAUGGCCGAAGAAUCAGAAGACUAUGAUUAUCUUUUCACAUUCUCGAAAAAAACAUCAGGAAUCAAUAUAUUCAGCGAUGGAGACUGGAAAGGAAUAACAGACAGAAUAAGUGAAUAAUAUCAAAUCAUAAUACAAAAUUUGAUUCGUAUUUUUAAUUUCAGUUGAUGCGUGCUGUGAGAAUUUGGGUUCAUUUUUCGAUGGUUCUGAUCAAAAAUCAAGAAUAUCAAAAGAAUGUUUGAAUAAAUUGAAUGGUUGUCCAUCAAUUGAUCAAUUGAAUGCACCAUUAAGAGUUCGUAAUGGUGGUUUACCGAUUACUGUUAGUACUCAUCAACGCAAAACUUUACUUGUUGAACAGUAAGUUAUUUGCUGUGACACUACCUAAUUUCCUAUUAAUUUUAAAAUUUGUUUUUAUAGAAGAGUUGAUGAUGUUUCAGUACCUCAAGAGGAAAACAAAAAUUCAAGAAAAAUAUUCCCAGAAACUUGGCUUUUCGAUUCUAUUAUUUUACCGUGAGUAUUCAAAACACACGAUGUAUGAGAAAAACGCUUCAAAAUUUCAGAUCCAAUGGAAGUGGAACUAUUACAGCUGAAGUCCCAGAUUCUAUCACUACUUGGGAAGUUGGAAGUCAAUUUUGGGCAAAGGGAAAAUUAUCGCUUUAUCGUGCCAAAACUGAAAGGAUUUAUACGAAGAAAUCUAUUUUCCUUGAGGUAUUCCGAUUUUUUUAAUCCAGACAUGAUCAAUUCUCAAAAUUUCAGUUCGAUCUACCAAAACACGUGUACGUUAAUGAAAUUAUCAGUCCUUUGAUUACUGUUGCCACCUCGAGUUCUCAAAAUCAAAAAGGGUCCAGAGACAAUAAAAUGGUUUUGUGUUUAUCAAAACUACCACGACAUGUUUGUGGAGAUCAAGGAGUUGAUGGUAAAAAAGGAGAAGCUUAUUACAAUCGAAUAGAUUUGACUGGAAAACAAUCCGAUGCAAAAUAUGUGAUGUUGAAUUUUCUAACAGCUGGAGCUUUUAAUGUGACUGUCACUUUGCAAUGGCAUAGCUGUGAAUCAAAUGCAGAACUCAUUGAUGCUGUUACUCGACUUGUUGUUGUUCAAAAACGACCAGAUACAAGAACAUAUGAAGAGGCACAUACAAUCAAUCCUGAAAAAGAGAGUUCAGCGAAUAUGGAUAGAACAAUUAUCAGUGAGAAAUAAUUUGAAAAGAAAAAGUAAAAUGUAUGGUUUCAGCUUUCUCCGAUAAAAAAAGCGCUACUGAACCUGACACUAUGCACACUCUAAUUAGGUCAGAUCUAGAAGAUUCGGAUACAGUUUACAGUUUUAAGUUGACAAUUUCUGGUGCGUUUUAAUUGUUAAAAUCGUCUAUGGUAAUGCACGAUUUUAUUUAGAAUUUUUACAACCCGAAAGAAAAAUAGUGAGAGAAUAUGAAGACAGAAUGCCAAGAACAUUAACCUCUGUCAUCAAAGAUUUUGCAUCAACGUUAUAUGAUUUUAAAACAAUCUCACUUGAGAAAAACGAGGAUAAAACAGAACUCAAACAAAGAGUCAACAGCUGUAAGUUCCUAAUAUUGCAAAGUUUUUCUCAAUUUUAGUAUUAUUCUUACAGUAGAAAAUCGUCUAAUGGGUUUCUCUGAUUGUUCAUCUGAUGGAAAACCAUGUGGUUAUAACUUUUUUGGACCACCAGUAGAUUCAAAAUCAUAUUCAAUUUUGUUGACUGCAAUUGCAACAAGUCUUCUUUGUUCUGCUGAUGCUGAAAAAUCUCGCGUAAAUGGAUCAUUACAAACUGUUAUGAAAUACAUCCCAAGAUUGAAUGACACUGAUUUCAAUGCGGAUUUGAGUGAUAUUAUUGAUAUUGAGAAUGUGGAAGACAAAAAAUUCAUUAUUGUUUCGUUUUUAUUCCGCGCGAUAAAAGAUUGUCGAAAUUAUACAAUGAAUUCGGUAAGUUUUGAAACAAUAUUCGAAAUACUCUUUUUUUUUCGUUUUCGAUAAAAUCGUACAAUAGUCUCACAAGAUAUCUCUACGAACUCGAUGA